UGUAGAGUACAUUAAAAAACGGUAUAUUAAUAAAUAUCGCUUAGAUAACAGUUUCGUUUUGCGUCCGCAAGAGGAAGUGUUCUAAAAUGAUUUUUAGUGAUGAAUUUAAAGAUGGGGUGUUUUACGGAAAACAAGAUUUUAAUAUACCAUACCAUAUGAAUUUUGGUGCAUUUAUCGUAGAAAACAUUUUAAAUUAUAGAGAAAAAAUUGUUCUGAUUAAUGGAGUGACAGGGGAGGAAAUAACAUACAGAGAGUUUGCACAAAGAGUAGUGAACACUGCUGACUCUCUAACUCAUUUGGGAGUGGAUGUUGGAGAUGUUGUCGGUGUUUUUAGUGAAAACCGAAUAGAGUUUAUACUUACAGCAUGUGCUGUGUUUUGCGUUGGCGCAACUGUUACUUUUUUUAAUACUUCCUAUGGCGAAAGCGAGCUAAGUCACGCGAUUAACAUAUCUAAGCCAAAAUAUAUUUUUCUCUCGGGAACUGCAUGCGACAGUCACUAUGAAAAUCUGCAGAAGCAUAAAAUGAUAAGAAAAUACAUUUUGUACGACGACAGAGGGUCAUCGAGGUCACAAAAUGUAGUGUACUUCAAGGAUUUAGUAAAGUGCAAGGUGGAUUUAAAUUUAUACAAACCUGUACAUCUUGGAGGAAGAAUUCUAACGAGUAUGAUAUUAUAUUCAUCUGGGACAACUGGACCAGCGAAAGGCGCAAAGAUUACUAAUCUUAAUUUAAUCACCUCAGCACAUCAACCACCCCCAAGUAAGCGAGACCUCAUUGCACUAUCUAUAUCUCCCUGGUGUACAUGUAUGGGUAUAGCUACCCUGCUUAACGCAAUUAUCCAUGGCAAGACCACUGUCUUUCUCACGAGAUUUAACGAAAAGCAGUUUCUACAAACAAUUGAAACAUUCAAGAUAGGAUUCAUUCUAGUACCACCACCCCUUCUAGUAAUGUUGUGUAAAUCGGAACUGGCUAAAACCUUUGAUCUUAGCUCGAUAGAAGUUCUCAGCAGUGGAGGCGCAACUACGAACUUGGAAGUGAUAAAUCAAAUAAAAACGAGAUUUCCACAGAUAAAAUGUGUUUUACAAGGAUAUGGUAUGACUGAAGCUACAGGUGCAGUCACUUAUGACACAGAAGAAAAUCCAAGGGAAGGAAGCGUGGGAAAAGUUGUUCCGGGAAUUAUUCAAAAGAUAGUUGAUCCUGAUACUGGUAAGGUGUUGGGGUAUAGAGAGCCAGGUGAAAUAUGCAUCAAAGGCCCAGUUGUGUUCGAAGGUUACAUAAGAAAUAACUCUAGUAGCAACUUAUACCCAGAUGGGUUUUAUAGAACAGGCGAUAUCGGUUAUUAUGACGAAGAAGGUUAUUUUUACAUUAUUGACAGAAUUAAGGAAUUGAUAAAAUAUAACGCUUGGCAGGUAUCCCCUUCGGAGCUGGAAGCACUUUUGUUAAAACACGAUGAUAUAAAAGAUGCGGCGGUUAUUGGGGCACCAGACUCUUCAGCUGGUGAGCUUCCCACUGCGUUUAUUGUGAAGAAAGAAAAUUCACUCAUCACAGAUACGGAAAUACUGGAGUUUGUUGAUAACAAGGUAGCAUCAUGGAAGAAGUUACGUGGUGGCGUUAUCUUCGUAGAUUCAAUCCCUAAGAAUCCAAGCGGUAAAAUAUUAAGGAGACAGUUAAAACAACUACUAGUGGAUAAAAGAAAAGGAAAAUCUCAGAGCAAGCUUUGAUCAAUAAUGAAAAAGAAAUGACACUGUAGAACGUGAAGGUGCAUCUAUGUUAUGGAAGUUUUAUUUUGAACAAAAUAAAUGUAAAUACUACUUAAAUGCAGUCUAAAAAAAAUAUCAAAGACAAUGUUUCUUUAAAAAAAAGGGGCGGUACUCUAGGUUUCAGAUUUCUGUACCUGUUUCGUGAUAACUUAUUUUUCUUAAUAAGCAAAUAGUUGGGCAUUCUAUGACUAACACCCGCCAUCAAGAUUUAGGUCUCAGGCAUAUCGAUUCCUGAAGAUUUUUUUCUUCACCGUACGAGCGGUUACUAAUUGCGGACAGAAAAAAAACUUUAUUGGUGCAAAUUCAUUACUUAAAUUAUGUUUCAAAUUAUUAAAGUAAUUUAAUUAAUGAAUAGAUUUAUUCGAUUUAUUUAUUUACUAAUUAACUCAAGAUAGGGGCAGAACAUCAUCAGUACAAAAUUAAGGUCUAUACCGUCUUUGUGUAUACAAUUGUUUAUUUCGGAAGUCCUUUAAAAAUUUAAGCCCCAUUGUAACUCUCGUUGUGCAUUUAUCCAUUAAUGAAUAGUGCAGUGAUUUAUAUGUAAUAUUAAAUAUCGAAACAGUUAACCAUUAUUUUUCCUUAAAUUAAUGCCUCUCGACCAGAAUUUUCUUAAAAUAAAACUAGUAAUUAAAUACAACAGAAAACUUUCCUUUUAUACCUACGCAAUUAAAUUCCUAUAAGCUCGAAGCUUGGAGACAGAUUGAAUAUCAUAAUGACAGCAUUUAAACCACCGCGUAAUGUGUAUCAACAACUUGUUAAAGCCAGUUAAAGGGACUAAUUAGUUUUUAUCUAGAAUAUUUAACACGAAGCCACUAUUAUAAGCUAUAAAUUGCAAUCUAGUUUAUGUCGUUGACUUUCAAAGGGCUAUUUCUAAAAUUGACGCAUAGUAUUUUAUUCUGUCAUAACAAAAUGAAAAAGUCUUGCACUUAAAUAGCAAAGAUCUGGGAACUAGCUGUGUAGAAAUAAAUAAUAGCCUAUCAUUUUCAAGGUUAGAUCGGUUUUUUUGUUAAGCGUUCUCGUAUAUAGAAUUAUCUGGAAUCGCUUUACAACCUUACAGGGACACCGUGAUUUAAUAUUAUGCACAAAACGACACAUCUACAGCCGGUAUUUCAUCCACGGCCUCACGGUUGACUAAUAGACAAAAUUUUCUAUUAGGAUAGAAUAUAAAAGUUGGUCUAAAGAGGGUUUAUUAACAUUUA